AUGUCCAUAUACCAUGCCCAAACUCAACGAAGCCUGACCUUAUCGUCCGUCUCACCCGUCACAAUUGCAGAGAAUAGGCAUGAAAUCACGUUCCGCCUGAAAGAUGGAACUUCUAUCACGCAAAAGAUCUCUCCUACUCCCAAGGUGAAGCUGGAGAAGUUGGCCGAGGCAUUGGCUUCGUUGGUCUCAACGCCCAACUUGAACAGUGCGAAUACCAAUACGGCACCGCCAUCCUUCGGCACACUUCAAUGGGAGCUCGAUCCGCUUGGAGACGCGAUUCAUCGGCAUGUCGCGCUGUCUUCUCCAGAAGAAUGUAAUAGAGUGGUUGAUACGAUCAUGGUCGAGGCAGACAAGAUGAACCACCAUCCACACAUUGCUCGGGAGGAUGGGGACGGCUACAGCUGCUUCACAAUCACGUGCACUACGCAUAGUCCUCGUGGGCUGAGUGCUCGGGAUACUAGACUUGCGGCGAAAGUGGACGAGCUGUUGGCCCAGACCGGACUGCAGGUGACUGCGCCCGCUCGGAUCUCGAAUCCCAGUCUGGACCUGGAACAAUUGCAGAGACAGAUCUCUGAACAACGCAAGCGGAUGAUUGAGAUCAAUCGACAGAAAAUAGCAGAAGCAUUGGAGAACUGUGGCUGCGACUCAGCCAAAAAGCAGUAG